CCCGGCAGGCCGACAUCUGUCACCAUGAAGGUCGAGCUGUGCAGUUUUAGUGGGUACAAGAUCUACCCGGGACACGGGCGGCACUACGCCAGGACUGACAGGAAGGUUUUCCAGUUUCUUUCUUUCUUUCUUUCUUUUUUUUUUUUUUUUUGGUUCUUUUUUUCGGAGCUAGGGACCGAAUCCAGGGCCUUGCACUUCCUAGGUAAGUGCUCUACCGUUUUCCAGUUUCUUAAUGACAAAUGUGAGUCCGCAUUCCUUUCCAAAAGGAACCCUCAGCAAAUUAACUGGACUGUCCUCUACAGAAGAAAACACAAGAAAGGUCAGUUGGAAGAAAUUCAAAAGAAAAGAACCAGCCGUGCAGUCAAGUUCCAGCGGGCUAUCACGGGCGCUUCUGUGGCUGAUAUAAUGGCCAAGAAGAAUCAGAAACCAGAAGUUAGGAAAGCUCAGCGAAAGCAGGCUAUCAGGGCUGCCAAGGAAGCAAAAAAGGCUAAGCAGGCAUGGAAGAAAACAGCAAUGGCUGCUGCCAAGGCCCCCACAAAGGCAGACCCUAAACAAAAGAUCCUGAAGCCUAUGAAGGUCUCUGCUCCCAGAGUUGGUGGGAAACGUUAAUUUGGUAGAUGAGAG